AUGACAACAUAUGGUGGUAGACCAAGUACAGGCACUUCAAAUGAAGCGCCCAAGGAUUAUGAGGUUCCACACGGUCCAAAUGAUUCUGUUUCAGAAGUUUCAUUUUCACCAGUAGCAGAGUUUUUUGCAGUAUCUUCGUGGGAUACUUAUGUUAGGAUCUAUGAAGCCAAUUCAGCUACUGGAGCAGCCGUUGGCAAAGCUCUUUAUAAUCAUGAGAAACCCGCAUUAUGCUGCGCAUGGAGUAAAGAUGGAACUAAGGUUAUUUCAGGUGGUGCAGAUAAUGCAGGAAGGUGUUUUGAUAUUACUUCUCAGCAAGUAGGCCAAAUAGCUAUACAUGAUCAGCCUAUUAAAUGCAUUAAAUAUAUCGAAAAUCAUAAUCUUGUGUUAACUGGAAGUUGGGAUAAGACACUUAAGUAUUGGGACAUGCGCUCUUCAACACCUGUACUUACUGUUAAUCUUCCGGAGCGAUGCUAUGCUUUGGACGUUACCUAUCCUGUAUUAGUUGUAGGAUGCGCUGAAAGGCACGUCCAAAUGUUUGAUCUUAGUAAAAAUCCAAGUACCCCAGUCAAGAGCAUUGUAAGUCCCUUGAAAUGGCAAACUCGAUGUAUUUCAACCUUUUUAAAUCGCACUGGAUAUGCUAUAGGAAGUAUUGAAGGACGUGUUGGGAUACAAUAUUUUGAAGAAAAAGAUAAUCAGUCUAGUUUUUCUUUUAAAUGUCAUCGAGAACAAAAUCAUGUACAUGCGGUCAACGCUAUUUCUUUUCAUCCUAUAUAUGGCACAUUUUCAACUGCAGGAAGUGAUGGUACUUUUAAUUUCUGGGAUAAAGAUUCUAAACAACGUCUUAAAGGAUUCAGUUCGAUUGGAGGUCCCAUUACUUCUACUGCUUUCAACCGUAACGGUUCUAUUUUUGCUUACGCUUUAAGUUACGAUUGGAAUAAAGGCCUUAUAUCACAACCACAAAGAACAGCCGUUUACUUGCACGCCGUGAAAGAUGAAGAUGUUAAACCGAAGCCACCUAAAAAGCGAUAG